GAUGCAGAAGAGAUUUUUGGUACACAGGACCAAGAUGCAGAUGAGGAAUCGGGCGACGCCGGCAAGUCCGUGAUGGUUCAGAAAUCAAAAUCCAACACUUCAACCAGCGGAGGCGUAAGCAAACCCACCUACAAGGACCCGAUCCUUUGGCUUGUCAUGGUGGCGCAUGCGUUCCUCUUCCUGACUGCCUCAGCUUUGCUUCUGGUUCUUCCCUUCUUGCUGGAGUACCCCGCAUUUGGCCAAAUCGAUCCUUCCUCGGUUGAGCAGUCCCGGGAGAAUGUGGCCGCGGCAACGUCCCUCGUCAUGGUCCCACACGGUGUGCUCAAUCUCGCAUUCUCAACUGUUGGCUUCCUUUUUAUCUCAUCAAAGAUUGGAGACCGGGCGUGUCUGCGAAUCGGCUCGAUUGGAGGAGCAGUCAUGUUCUGUUUGUACGGUUUCGGUGCCACCGAAUUCUGGCAUCUGUUAGUGUACCAUGGGCUGUCUGGCCUGUUCGUCGGGCUCAUGGUUCCUGCGAUCACCCCGACCCUGACGUCCUACAACUUGGUUGUGCACCCCACCAAGAAGUCGCAAGCCUCCGCCUUUCCCAUGUUGGGAAUGCAGAUUGGCCAGAUCUGCGGGCCAUUGCUAUUCGGCUUUCUCCUUGGUGGAGGGCAGGAUCGCACUGUCAUGAAUAUCAUCUGGUUGGCAGUCGGAUUGAUGUGGCUUGUGGGCUAUAUUCUGCUGGAUAUUAGCUUCGAGGUAAUCAGGAGGCAUCCAGCAAUGCGGGCAGCUCGAAAGAGCCAGGACAUGUCUGCAGAGCAGAUUCAGAACAUGCUUACAGAAAAUGCCAAGGACUACGAUGUUUUU